AUGUCUAGGAAAAAAAAAAUCUUCAAAAAUAUCCAAAAAGUGCUUUUUUUACAUAAAUUUUCAACUUUUUCUUUUCAAAAUUCACAUAUUGGAUCAAAACCUUUAUAUCUGACUGAGAACACAAAAUUACAUAUUAUAGCUCCUACAGAACAUUUUAAAUUCAAGAAAGUAAUUGUUGAAGGCCCAAAAGGCACCUUGUCGUUAUUAUUUCCUCCAUACAUUAAAAUUAAUAAUGACUCUUCAAGCAACAAAGUGGUAGUUUCAGUAGAAGAGCCAACAAUUAAAAAACAACGCUCUAUGUGGGGAACAGCGCGGUCACUUCUUUCAAAUAUGAUUAUAGGAGUAACAAAAUAUCAUUUCGUAACACUUCGUUUGGUAGGCGUUGGAUAUAAGGCAUCCAUUGAAGAUGGGGGGUUUUUGUCUCUAAAAAUCGGGUUUUCUGUUCCAAUUGUGCUAAAAAUCAAAGAAGGAGUUUCAGCAACAUGUCCACAGCCUACACAGAUUAUUUUGCAUGGAUGUGAUAAAGCAGUUGUUACUCAAUUUGCAGCAAGUAUUAGAAAAUGGAGAAAACCCGAACCGUAUAAAGGCAAGGGAAUAUUCAUUAAUGACGAAACAAUUGUUUUAAAAUCUGUAAAGACUAAAUAA